GCUAGAUGCCUGUGUAGCUGUUUUAUCACAUCAGUGUUUUGCAAUGAGUGGGGGAGGAGAGCAGCCAGAUAUCCUCAGUGUUGGAAUCCUGGUGAAAGAAAGAUGGAAAGUGGGAGAAUGUUGCACUGAAAGUGGAGUCAGCUCAACAACCCAAACAAGUUCUGAAAAUGGAAGUUGCUGUUUUGAAGAAACUACAAGCUAUAAUACCUGGACACAAUGCUUGGAGUGGCUUUAUGAGGACUCUGAAAAGUAAAUAGUAGGAGGCAGAUUGGGGAAGAAGAUCAGAAUUCAAUGUACCACUGAACCAGCGGGAAAGACCAUGUUUGUAGAUUUAUUGGCUGUGGAAGAAAUGAUCGUUUCAACUAUGUGGUCAUGCAGUUGCAGGGUCGGAAUCUGGCUGAUCUUCGACGUAGCCAGUCCCGGGGCACAUUCACCAUUAGCACUACUCUACGUCUUGGGAGACAGAUUCUGGAGUCUAUUGAAAGCAUUCAUUCUGUGGGAUUCCUGCACCGAGACAUCAAGCCGUCAAACUUCGCCAUGGGACGCUUUCCCAGUACAUGUAGGAAAUGUUUCAUGCUUGAUUUUGGCUUGGCCCGACAAUUUACCAAUUCCUGUGGUGACGUCAGACCACCCCGUGCUGUGGCAGGUUUUCGAGGGACGGUUCGUUAUGCAUCAAUCAACGCUCAUCGGAACAGGGAAAUGGGAAGACACGAUGACCUUUGGUCCUUGUUUUACAUGUUGGUAGAGUUUGUGGUUGGUCAGCUGCCUUGGAGAAAAAUAAAAGACAAGGAGCAAGUAGGCUCAAUUAAGGAGAGGUAUGACCACAGGCUCAUGCUGAAGCAUCUCCCUCCGGAAUUCAGCACCUUUCUUGACCAUAUCUCCUCUUUGGAUUAUUUUACAAAACCAGACUACCAGCUUCUUACAUCCGUGUUUGACAAUAGCAUCAAGACCUUUGGGGUAAUUGAGAGUGAUCCUUUUGACUGGGAGAAGACUGGAACUGAUGGCUCCCUAACUACCACCACCACCUCUACCACCCCUCAGUUGCACACCCGCUUGACCCCUGCUGCAAUCGGAAUUGCAAAUGCCACUCCCAUCCCAGGAGACUUGCUUCGAGAAAACACAGAUGAAGUGUUUCCAGAUGAACAGCUCAGUGAUGGGGAGAAUGGUCUCCCCAUUGGUGUGUCACCAGAUAAAUUGCCUGGAUCUUUGGGACACACUCGACCUCAGGAAAAGGAUGUCUGGGAAGAGAUGGAUAUCAACAAGAACAAGAUAAAGCUUGGAAUUUGUAAAGCUGCUACUGAAGAAGAAAAUAGCCAUGGUCAAGUAAAUGGUAUUCUCAAUGCUCCAAGCCUUGGUUCUCCAAUUCGUGUCCGAUCAGAGAUUACUCAGCCAGACCGAGACGUUCCAUUAGUACGAAAAUUACGUUCCAUCCACAGCUUUGAGCUGGAAAAACGGCUGACACUAGAGCCAAAGCCAGAUACUGACAAGUUUCUUGAAACCUGCAUGGAGAAAAUGCAGAAAGAUUCCAGUGCAGGAAAGGAGUCUGUUCUCCCUGCCCUGCCUCAUAAGCCUUGUGUUCCUGCUGGGUCCCGUGCUGACCACGUCUGGCACUAUGAUGAAGAAUAUCUUCCUGAUGCCUCCAAGCCUGCCUCUGCCAAAACCCCUGAGCAGGCAGAUGGUGGCGGCAGCAAUGGAUUUAUAGCUGUCAACUUAAACUCUUGCAAGCAGGAGGUUGAUUCCAAAGAAUGGGUGAUUGUGGACAAGGAGCAAGACCUUCAGGAUUUUAGGACAAAUGAAGUGUUAGGCCAAGGCCAUAAAACAACUGGAAGCCCUUCUGAUGAGGAGCCUGAAGUGCUUCAAGUCCUGGAGGAAUCACCUCAAGAUGAAAAGCUCGAAGUAGGUCCUUGGGUGGAUGAUCACUUAAAGAAGGAAACCUCAGGUGUGGUCUUAGCUCUCUCUGCAGAGUGCCCUGCCACGGCUGCUUCAGAGCAGUACACCGAUAGGCUAGACCUCCAGGCUGGAGCUGCUAGUCAGUUUAUCACAGUGACACCCACAAGUCCAAUGGAGGCACAAGCAGAAGGACCCCUCACUGCGAUUACGAUUCCUAGACCUUCUGUGGCAUCAACACAGUCAACUUCAGGAAGCUUUCAUUAUGGUCCACAACCAGAGAAGAAAGAUCUUCAGCCCAUGGAGCCUACAGUGGAACUUUAUUCUCCGAGGGAAAACUUCUCUGGCUUGGUUAUAACAGACGGUGAACCUCCUAGUGGAGGAAGCAGAACAGAUAUGGGACUUCAGGUAGAUCACAUUGGUCAUGACGUAUUACCCAAUAUUAGAGAUGGUGAUACAUCUCAAGACUUGGGACCAAAAGACCUUAUUGACCAUAAUAGAUUAGUUGUGAGAGAAGCUGAAACUGUCCCUGGAGAAACUGAAGAAAAAAGCAUUCUUCUAGGGUCAGAUAAUGAAGAUGAGAAGUUAAGUAAAGGCCAGAAUUGUGUUGAAAUCUCUCUCCCAGGAGACUUAGUAACUGCAGAAAGGGAUCACUCAGCUACCACUGAACCUCUUGAUGUGUCAAAGAUACAGAAUUUUAAUGUGGUGCCAAAUCAAGACAAAAAACAUGAGCUAAUGAAGCUUUUGGCAGUUGGAACUUCAGAAAUUUCUCUAAGCGUCAUUGACCCACAUGCUGAAGGACAGAUAGGCCAGGUGGCAGCAGUGAAAAAAAAUAAGCUAUUUAAGAAUGAUGACAUCAAGAGUGAAGAUUUGCCAGGUUAUCAAGGAGACCUUUCUACUUUUUUGCACCAAGAGGGUAAGAGGGAGAAAAUAGCUCCUAGAAAUGGAGAGUUCUAUCAUUGUGUUUCAGAGAGUGAGCAUGGGCCUCCAGCCCGGAAGGAUGUGGUUAGGUCAUCCUUUGUAACCAGACAUAGCCGAAUCCCUGUUUUAGCACAAGAGAUAGAUUCCACUUUUGAAUCAUCCUCUGCAGUCUCUGCAAAAGAAAAGCUCCUCCAGAAGAAAGCUUAUCAGCCAGAACUAGUCAAACUUCUGUUGGAAAAAAGGCAAUUCAAGUCUUUCCUGGGUGACUUCUCAAGUGCCUCUGAUAAGUUGAUAGAGGAGAAACUACCUGGUGUUCCUGUUCCCUUUUCUGAGGAGGACGUCUUCCCACCCUUUUCCAGACUGGCAGUAGAUUCUCACCUGAGUAGAUCAGCUGAAGAUAGCUUUCUGUCACCCAUCAUCUCCCAGUCUAAAAAGAGCAAGAUUCCAAGGCCAGUUUCCUGGGUCAACACAGAUCAAGUCAAUAAUAGAUCAGCUUCACCUCAGUUCUUGCCUCGGCCACCACCGGGAAAGCCACCAAUAAGGCCUGGGGUAGAAGCCAGGCUGCGCAGAUACAAAGUCCUAGGGAGUAGUAACUCAGACUCAGACCUUUUCUCUCGCCUGGCCCAAAUUCUUCAAAAUGGAUCUCAGAAACCUCGGAGUGCUACUCAAAGUAAGAGCCCAGGAUCUCCUCACAAUCCAAAAACUCCACCCAAGAGCCCAGUUGUCCCUCGCAGGAGUCCCAGUGCCUCUCCUCGAAGCUCGUCCUUGCCUCGUACAUCUAGUUCCUCACCAUCUAGGGCUGGACGGCCCCACCAUGACCAGAGGAGUUCGUCCCCACAUCUGGGGAGAAGCAAGUCACCUCCCAGCCACUCAGGAUCGUCAUCCUCUAGGAGGUCCUGCCAACAAGAGCAUUGCAAACCCAGCAAGAAUGGCCCAAAAGGAUCUGGCAGCCUCCACCACCAUUCGGCCAGCUCUAAAACCCCCACAGGGAAGAGUAAGCCAGCCGGUAAACUCAGCAGAUAGGAGCCAGGUUGCAUCUUUAGGAAAGGUGUGAGAUUUUCCUCGUAGACCUGAUGCAUGUGUGUCCCUGUGCUAUUUCAAACAAUCCGUGUUGAUCUUCUCUUGCAAAAGAAACAUGAUCAGUUAUUUAUAAGAAGACAUAAAUAUAUGCUAAGGAAUUACCUAAGGCAGGUAGGAAGCAGAUCAGGAGUCAAUGCCUUUGCAUAGGAAGCUGCAGUCCAGCAAAAUCCAAGGGGGAGAAACUCAUUAAAUGAGCUUUCAGUUUUUAGCUGCCUUUGAAAUAAAGUUGAGAGCAGGAAAUAGAAUGGUAUCUUAAGGGGUUUUGCUUAAUUUUUUAAGCCUCUGCUCAGAGACUGUGUUGUGAAAAUACUUGAUAUUUUUACUUAAAACUUCCCAGCCUUGGAGAAUAAUUGCUCAGAUAUUAGAAUAUAUAAGGAACUGUUGCCACGAAACUACUACUCAGAUAUAUUUGGUUUGUAUGUUUAAUUAGUGUCUUGAGAAUCUGUACCUUUAUUCUGCCUCAUUUGUAGUAUCUUCCCUGGGUUUUAUUUUUUUUAAGUUCAUGUUUCUUACCUCUUAACAAUACAUCUAAUAUGUGUUUCAACAGCUCAUGCUGAGACUUUAAAAUCCACUUUUAUUUAGUCAGAUCCUCAUAUUUUUCUUUGAGCAAUCUUUCUUAACUCAGUACAUUUUUUUUCUUUUUCCUUUCUUUUCUUUUUUUUGUGACAAGGAAACAGAAACUUAGGAAAGAAAUGUCCAACUAGAGCUGUCUUUUACAGGCUUUGGUGUUUGGAGAGGAGGACAGAUAGUGGGACAGUGUCCUUCCAGGUGGAAGAAUGCUAUCAUACCUGGGUACCUUUCCUCCUUGUGGAAGGAAACUGACUGAAGGAGACUGCUUCCUUCAUGUCUUUCUAUAUCAGCCUCAAGAUGGUACUAGGAGAAACAGCACUUUGGAAUGUGACUUAAACUUUUAGAGAUUUAGAACGAAAUUAAGUAUGUUAAUGAGGCUUAGAAUCUUUGGAUUUUUAUUUUGUACAUUUAGCCAAUAAGGAAUAUCUGGGGAAAUUUAAGCUAAACAUUUUUCUUUUAAUGUUUUGUUAGCUGGUUCUUGUUUUUUCGUUUAAUAGUUGGGCUUCUUAACCUGAUUUCCAUGUAAUCUCAAUUUAUAAAGUUGUAAGGAUGAUUGUAUUUGUUCUAAUUUCAGUCUCCUGUUUGCAGGAAUCAGGCAAAAUUAAGGAAUCCCAGACUUUUUAAAUGGGCUGUUUUAUACUCUGUAGGUGUUUUGUGUGAUUAAAAAGUAUUGAGGUCAGGUAAAUUGGUCUGCUUGCUGUUGAAAUUUGCCUUCUAGCAAACAUCUGUACUUUCUCUUUGACCUUGCGUUGCUACCAAACCUAAAACAGUUGAAUUGGGGGGGUGGGGGGGAGAGAAAGAAAUUUGUUUCUUCACCAAGUGAACAUAUUCUAAUGCUGCAUCAGAGCUGCCCUCAAGCUGCACUGAACUGAACUUGUUCUUUGUGUUGAGCUUUUUAACAAACUCAGAACACUAUAUUGAGACAUAAAGUGUCCCAUAAGAAAUGUAGCAUAGUAUGGAAUCUUAACUUCUCUCCAGUUUCAAGCACUACAGAGCAAUGCAGUAGAUAAGAUAUAUUUACUGUCUAUCUAAUACAACUGUAUAUUGGAAAACUGAUCCUUGUGUACAAUAUUGUAUAAUAGUUGCUAUAAUACUAUGUGCAUGUCCUCAUGGUAAAUUAUAUAAAUAUUUAUAAAUAUAGAGAGACAUAUGCUUAUAUAUACUCAUUCUUUCUCAUUCUCCAUUUGUAAUUUCAAGAUCACAGAUGAUGAGCUUCCUUUUCUAUUGCGUGCCUCGUGUGCACUUGGGCAUUGCCUGUCUUCAUUCUCUGAAAAUAUGUUCUUGGCAUGUGACAUCUCAGAUUCUUCUUGCCUAACUGGUGUACAGUGCAGGGGUUGGCAGUCCUUUAUCAAGCCAAGAAAUAAGAUACUUAAUUUUCAUUUAAAAAUUAUUUUAAUAGGGGGAAUUAUUGGGAUAUGCUUGUAAUACUGCUCAAAGAUUACUCAUGUUAGCCACAUAGUUCUGGUUCUGACAUUAUGGUUAGAGUGGAUAGAUGGGUAUUAUAAUUAUGAUAUAACUGAUUCUUAAAACAUUUCCUAAAAGUUGCCUCUUUAUGUCACUUUUUUGAGGGGUAAGUGGGGGUGGGAUAUGGGAUAAUUAAGAAAUGAUCUUUUUUCUGUUACAUUAGCUAAAUAAUGCUAAAAAUAAUGCUAGCUUUCAAUACUGACCUCUCUAAUCAGAGACGUCUAAUCAAUGUGCUGAUAGUAACUAACCAUUGAAGAGCUGAGGAGCUCCAGCUGUGUGUGUUGCUUUUUCUUGCUAGAGUCUCUGCUGGUUGUCAAAACCCAAGGUGAUGGCAACAGGGCACCAGAUGGUUUUUUUUUCUUUUUUUUCUUUCUUUUUUUUUAUUUUUUUAUUUCUCCCAACCUUUUAAUGUGUUGCCUCCUUUUCUAUAUGACAUUAACAAACUCAUUAAGAUCCAGAGACAAACAACCUCAUUAUGUGAGCAUUUUAUAUUGCAUGUAAGGAAAAGAAUUAACCAAAGAUGUUUCCACUCUGAAGAAAAUAGACUAAUAUUAUCUUAUUCAUCUAUAGGUCCCUUUAUUAAAUACUGUCCUGAUUUAGAGAGAUUGACUUUACAGUUAAAAAAAAAUAGUUUGUGUUUUAGAUGUUACAUUUCUUUCAAGUUAAAAAUAGAAGUUGAGGGCCGGGGUUGGUAGCCCAAGCCUUUAAUCCCAGCACUCUGGAGGUAGAGGCAGGCAGAUCUCUGUGAGAUCGAGUCCAGCCUGGUCUACAUGGAGAGUUCUGGGCCAGCCAUAGCUUCAUAGUGAGAACCCAUCUAAAGAAAAUAAAAAAUUGGCAGCCUUAAGUAGCACUUUUGACUGUUUCUGUUUUCAUUUUUAAAGUAUGAUACAGAGAAUCAAGCUAUUGUUUUGGUUUGGCUUUUUAAAUUCUUUAUUUGGAUUUUUUUUUUUUGUCUUUUUUUUGAGACAGGGUCUCCCUGUAGCCCCAGCUGGUCUGGAACUCACUUUGUAGACCAGGCUGGCCUUGAACUCACAGAGAUCCACCUGCCUCUGCCUCCCAAGUGCUGGGACUACAGGCGUGCUCCACCACGCCCAGCUAUUUCGGGGUUUUUAUUGAUGGCAUUUCAGAUUUCAGUCACAGAUUAUCCAAAUAAUUGUAAAACAGUUUGACUAUUUAAGAUGAUGAACAUGGCCAAAAUUAUAACAAAGUAGUAUGGGCAGGAGUUAGGUCAUCUGGGAAACAAGUGCCUCCUGGUUUCUUCUAUCAGAACAGGUAAGCAAGUCACACCUGCCCUUACCCUUGUCUAGUCCUUGGACUACUCUGAUGGAGCAGAAAGUAGAGCAACAGUUUAGCUCCUAAGUUUAGGUAGUGUUGCUCCUGAAUUAUGCUGACCACAGGCUCUAUGAAUUGCUUGAAAUACUAAAAUCAUACCUAGUAAUCUUGCACAGCCUAAGGUAUUUAACUUUAAUGGAUAGUAAACAAAAGAGAAAUGGGAUCAUAUUCAAUUCAACACAAAGCUGUAGUCAGUAGUCAGGCACUUAUCACACACUCUGGUUGUGCAAGCUGGCCUUGCCAACAGUAGCAGAGUUAUGGUUAGUUUUUUGCUUGUAUUCUUUGCAAUGAAUGUUUUUGGCAAAGGUUGCCAAGUUAAUCAAGGUCUAAAUAAGUAGCAAAAGGUAAGAGACCCACUGUCCUCACUAUCUACAUGCUUUGCUUUAGACACUAAACCACUGGGUGCUGGUUCAUUGUUCUACAUGUGCCACUUCCUCUGUUGUAUCCCUGGCCACUGUGGGAACUUGAGGGGCUUCAGCAGGCACAGGUUUCCUCCCAGCCACAAAUUCCUAGGCUGUUUCUGAGUUGUAUCCACUCUACAAAGAAAAAGGUGUGCAUUGCCGCAUGUUUUAAAAACUUAGAUCAGAUAAUUAAAUCAUCAUGAGAUUUUUUACACCCACAUAACUUUGAAAACCAGGUGCCUUUUCCCCAGGGGCAGAAAUUUUUACAUUCCUAAUCUAACUUUAGGAAUUGGCAAUAGGAGAAACAGGACUCACAAUUCAAACUUUUAGUGGCCUAAAGAAAAAUGCAUCUUGAAAAUGCUAUCCUAAAAUAUAAUCUAGAUUUAGCCUUAGAGAUCAAAGUUCUUUAUAUUUUAAAAACUUCUUAGCUAGGCAUGGUGGCUGAUGUUUCCAAUCGUGACACUCAAGAGACCGAGGCAGGAUUGCUAAAAGUUUGAGACCAACCUGUGCUACAUAAUGAAUUUAAGUCCAUCCUGGGUUACAGUGUUAAGACACUGUCUCAGAAAAAAACAAAACAAAACUUUUCACUCUUUUUUGAAUUUAAAAUUUUUAAUUUUAUGUGUAUGAGUGUUUUGCCUGCAUGUAUGUAAGUGCACCACAUGCACGCAAUGCCCCUCAGAGACCAGAAGAGAGUGUCAGAUCCCUUGAAACUGGAGGUUACAGUUGUUAGCCAUCAUGUGGAUGCUGGGGAUUGAGCCUGAUUCCUCUGGAAGAAUAGCAAGUGUUCUGAACUUCUGAGCCAUCUCUCCAGCCGCAAGAAUUUCUUCUUUUAGCAUGUCAUGUGUAUGUACUUUGGGUUUAAGUUCUUUGCACUCACUUUUUAAAAUCUGCCUUUUCCCAGUUUUGUGUACUUUGUCGUCAGUGUGUUGGAAUUUUAUGGGGAGAGAUAAUUUAGCAACUGUUUUACUGAGGUGAUACUUGUAACCUGCUGCACUGUUUAACUUCCUUGGAUUUGCUUCUAUAGACAAUAUAUUCUUAGAAUAGCCAUUUAGGAUUUAAUACAAAUGCAUUAUAAGAUUAAGUCAUGUAAUUAUUAUGGUAGCCCUUACAUGCCAACAGAUACCCAAGUUAGGAAGCCUCCGCAGUACAUUUUUAGGCCUUACGGAGGGAAUUGGGGCAAUUCUAGGACUCAGACAAUAUGGGAGAUGUACCUGGGAAACUUCAAGUGGUUAUCAAGGCAUUCCAGUUCCUGUCCUCACUACUCCAUAAAAUCUGUGUGUAUCUUGAGAAUGUGUGAAUAGAUUGGAAACAUCAUAUUUUAGGUAUUUCCAUAUUUUGGCCAUUUCUCUGGAAAUUUGAGAAGUUUAACAUACUCUCAGCCUUCAGAAUUGUGUUACCCAUCAACAUUGCUAGCUAGAAGGGUAGGAAGUAUGUAGAGAAUUCCUAUAGUUCCCGGUGACUCCCCAGUGUGGGACAAGAGCCCUUAUCCACUCAGGGGAAUCUGGAACUCAACAUUUCAACCCCUGAGAAAUCUCUGGCUCAAUAAGACAUUUUCUAAUGUUAUUAUUUGCUCUCUGCUUUUAAAAUAUGUUAAGCUUGCAGUUUAGUUCUUGGUGUAGAGAUUUGCACCAGAAAAUUAAAGUGACAGUUAUCACCUCAUGGUUUCUCAAGACAUGAACAGCAAAGAUUCACUCAGUAAUGAUUUCAGUAUUUUCUCACAUCCAAGUACUAACCAGAUGGCAAAGGCAUGUUUAGGAUGAUAUGGCUGUAGACUGGUUUGAAUAUUUCCCUAUACUUUGUUCAAUCCUUGGUCUUAAAGAAAUGUGUAACAGAAGUGAAGCCUUACUGCUUAUAGCCCUGUACAACUUAACAGAUGUCUGCCUUUUCUGAUUGCAGGUCAUAGUAUGGGCAUGGUAUAUAGACUGGAGAUGCUGACCAUAUCUGCUGAGUACCUUGAACCAGAGGCUUUAGAUCAACAAUAGGAUGAAUGAGGCAGAUCUUUGAGACCAUAAAAUCACAGAAUUUGCUGAUAGCAUAAUUUUAUGCUAACAAUGAAUAGGAAAUUUACCUCCUUAUAGUAGUUUAAAUUUUUCAUAUUAUAUGUAUGUGUGUGUUCACCUAUUUAAAAACAUUGAAUAAGCCAAGUUUUUAUGCAGACUCCCCUUGACCUAUGAUGCUUUUUAAAACUCAAAACACAGCCUUUAAAUCCAUGAAAAUCUAUUUGCAUCACUUGACAAAACUUGAAUUGUAUCCAGGUGUUUUUCACUUAUCCGCAGCAGUCAACAAGACUACCAGAGUUUGGCUGUGAUUUGUUUUAAAGAGUUUUCGAGGGAGAAGAAAAUUUUGGAACUUUUUUUUUUCAAACAAUUUUAUUAAACUAUUCAAUUAGUGAAAUUAGUUAUCUAGGUUAAGAAGACUUCAGAAAUUAUAGGAA